AUUAAUUAAUUAUUUAUGUAACUACUUAUUACCGUACAUUUUUAAAGGUGAAUUUUAAAUUUUCUGAACGACUGUUUCAUCGGUUGAUGGUCUUGACAGCUAGUUGAAGAUUUAUAAUUUUUUUUACAAACCGUGCAGGCCAAGAAAGGGAAAAAAAAAAUUGACUUGACAGGUAGUUCGAUACUCGGUCCUCGUCGAUUCGAGGGAAAAUAUAAACAAGUAAUAAAUUCUUCUAUUUUUUUAUUAUAUAUUUUAUAUAAAAAAUAGCAUGAAGCGUGUAAAAAAACAUAGGAUCAAACGGGAAAUCCCAGAAUCGUCCCAAAUAAGAAACGAAGAGCACGAUUUAGCGUAUUACAUACAUGAUAGAGUCGAGCUGAUGCAUCAGGUUUUUUCGGUUUUGAAACACAAAGAGCUAAGAGCAAUGGCACCGGAGUGUAUCCGACAUAUAUCCCUUGAUGAUUUGCAGGAGCUGUGUACUGAAGAGCUUCUUGGUAUUAGUUCAAAACGUCUUUGUGCCAUCUUAGAUGGAGCUGAUCCUCCUUCCAACACAGAAUCUUCUAGCUCAUCUCCAGAGAGGUUUGAGACCAUAUCCCUGGACAGCAUCUCCUCAGAUGAAGAAAUAUUAAGUCAAGGUAGCUCUAAGAAAAAUAAAAAACAUAAACAUCACCGCCACUCUAAGUCCAAGCAUAAAGAUAAGCAUAAAGAGUCACAGAAACCUGAUGAAGAUGAGAAUAAUAAGGCAUCUCGAGCUGGUCUCACUGUUUUAGAGCUAUUAGAGUUGCAGGCCCGAGCCAGGGCCAUUCGGGCACAGCUACAACAACAUCAAGCUUUAGUACCUGCAGAGCAAACAGAAAAUCAAGCUUCAUCAUCAAGUGAUGACGACGAGGUGGUGAUUAAAGAAGAGGCUCCUGAGGUUGUAGAGAUCAGCAGUGAAGAUGAAAAGCCAAGUGCACAGGAGUUACAAAGAAUAGUAGAAAGUGCUAAAGCCAAGGAUACACCAGUCGAAGAAAAUACCAAUACCGUAACAAAAAGAAUUAAUGAUCUUAUUAUAACUGUACCUCAAACAAAAGCAACUAGAAAAAUUAAACUUAACAGACCUAAAUUGACUAAAAAAGAUGACAUAGUCUCAAAAGAAAAAGUGACAGAACCACCCAAAACAGUUUCUUUACCAACUGGCAAAGAUAUAGCAAAGGACAAAAAGAAAAAGAAACAAAAGAAAAAAGAUAAAAAAAAGGAUGGCAGUGAUCACGACGAAAUUACAUUACAACUAUCAGACUCCGAAAAGAUGGAUCUUUUAGAAGACUUUGAUAGAAACAGAACUUCAAGUGAAGAUUCUGAGAGUAGUUCAGAAACAAGUCAAUCAAGUUCAAUGUGUAAUGAUAAAUAUUCUAAAAAGACAAAUAAAACAACUAACUCCAGUCAUCUUAAUAUGAAAGCGCCUAGAAGUCAAUCUAUUGAAAAUGAUGCUACCAUUCUUGACCAAAGUAAAACAAUGGAAGAAGCAAAAGAAAUACCAGAAAAGGAUAAGAGAUCUGAAGAUAAAAGCAAAACUACGAGGGAAAACAAAUCUGAAACAGAAGUUUCGGAGUCUUGUGAGGAUGACAGCAUGGCGGUUGAAGAACCCGAAAUUACAUUUGUUAAUCAAGAAAAAGAAGCCGUUGCAGGCGUAAGCGGUAAUGAAAAUAUUGAAAAUGUUUCCACUGAAAUUGAGAAAGAAAUUUUAGAUAAAAUUAAUGCCAAGGAAUGCCAAGCUACGCAAAACCAUGAAAUUGUGGCAUCUGUAAGUGAGAAUAAAAAUAGUAUUAUUCAAAAUAAAGAAUGUCAAAUAUCGAAUGGUGUAGCAAAAACAUUAGAACUAGAAGAGACAAAUAGCGCUGAAGAUGGGGAAAUAGUAAACAGGAAUUUGUCCGAUGGCGAAAUAUCCGAGCGCAGCAUCGCCGAGCAAAGUAUUGAAACUGAAGUAGUUUGCAUUUCUGAUGAAGAGAGUAAAAGUAAAAAGAAAAAGAAGAAAGAUAAGAAAUCGAAAAAAAGUAAGAAGUCGGAUUUUCGCGAAAGCGCUGACCAAAACUUUUAUAAAAUACAGACAACUGACAAUAUCGAGGCUAAAAGUGCAGUUGUUCAUAAAUCGAACAUAAAGGAGAUAUUAGAUACAGAUGAAUCUAUAGAUGAUGUUUUUGAAUAUUUAGAACUAUCUGACGAUUCUUCUUGUUUUGAAGUGGAAGGAAUUUCUAUUUUAUCAAAAGAACCAACUGCAAAAGAAAUUCUUGCUCUCUCAGCUAAGAUAGAUGAUAUAAAAAGAGAAGAUGUGAUCACUGAAGAGGAGAUACGAGAAUACGAGAGAUUAGAACAAGAAAGAAAUGAAUUUGAAGAAGUUGAAAAUAUCUCGUGGAAGGACAGAUAUUUAGAGAGUAAAAAAGUUAAAUCUGUUCUAUCCACAGCCAAUAUUCUUAAUGCAAUGAGAAAAAAGAAUAAAAAAUUAAAGAAACACAUAGAAGAAACGAAAAAUCAUCUACUAGAAGUAACCACCGAAACUCCUUUGUUAGCUAGAAAUGAUCAAUUAAUAGAAGGAUCUAUUCAGCACUAUAACACAUUACAAGGAUCUACGAAAUUUGUUGACCCUGUUAAGGAAGACAAGGUCGUCACUGAAAAAGUUUCUAAAGAAAUGGAGAAAGAUGCUAAGCAAUUAUUAAAAAUGUAUAAAAAAUUAUUGAAAUACAACAAUAUGAAUAAAAAGAAAGAUCCAAAUAAAAAGAGAAAGAAAAACAAAGAGAAGCAUAAAGAUAAGACUAUAAGUUGAAUGAAUGGAAUUAAUAAACUUGCUUUAUUUUUUAUUUAUGCAUAUUAAAUUUAUUAC